UGUGCAACAGGGGCUGACUUGGGCAGUAGCUGUAUAGAAGCAGACUAGUGUCUGUUCAUCUCCCCAGGAAAGGUGGCCUUGAGGUGAACAAGAUGGCCUGGUGGAAAGCUUGGGUUGAACAGGAGGGUAUCACAGUGAAGGAGAGCUCCCACUUCAACCCAGACCCUGAUGCAGAAAUCCUCUACAAAGCCAUGAAGGGAAUCGGGACCAAUGAGCAGGCCAUCAUCGAUGUGCUCACCAAGAGAAGCAAUGCACAGCGGCAGCAGAUCGCCAAGUCCUUCAAGGCUCAGUUUGGCAAGGACCUCACAGAGACCUUGAAGUUGGAGCUGAGGGGCAAUUUUGAGAGACUCAUGGUUGCCCUCAUGUACCCACCAUACAGAUAUGAGGCCAAGGAACUGCACGAUGCCAUGAAGGGCUUAGGAACCAGAGAGGGGGUCAUCAUUGAGAUCCUGGCCUCUCGGACCAAACACCAGCUGCAGGAGAUAAUGAAGGCAUACAAGGAAGACUAUGGGUCCAGCCUGGAGAAAGACAUCCAAGCAGACACAAGAGGCUACCUGGAGCGGAUGCUGGUGUGCCUCCUACAGGGCAGCAGGGAUGAUGUGAGCGGCUUUGUGGACUCAGGACUGGCCCUCCAAGAUGCACAGGAUCUGCAUGCAGCAGGUGAGAAGAUUCUCGGAACUGACGAGAUGAAAUUCAUCACCAUCCUGUGCACACGCAGUGCCACUCACCUGAUGAGAGUGUUUGAGGAGUAUGAGAAAAUCGCCAACAAGAGCAUUGAAGACAGCAUCAAGAGUGAGACUCAUGGCUCGCUGGAGGAGGCUAUGCUCACCGUGGUGAAGUGCACCUGCAACCUCCACAGCUACUUUGCAGAAAGACUCUACUAUGCCAUGAAGGGAAUAGGGACACAUGAUGGAACUCUGAUAAGGAACAUCGUUUCAAGGAGUGAGAUUGACUUAAAUCUUAUCAAAAGACAAUUCCAGAAGAUGUAUGGUGAGACUCUCAGUAGCAUGAUCAUGAAUGACACCAGUGGUGACUACCAGAAUGCUCUCCUGAACCUGGUGGGCAGUGACCCAUGAAGGCACCAAAGAAGAAGGCCAAGAAGCCAGAGCCCAGGGCCCUGUUUGCACAACCUUGGCCACGGAUGGGGGUGGGGGUGGGAACCUCAGCAAGAUUUUAGUCUUCUAUCUCCCAGAUUCCAGUGCUCUCCAGCCAACAUUACCGAACCAGAGGGUGAGAUCAACCUGGGCUUCUCUUUCCACCUGUGCCCCAGGUCAUUUCCAGGUGUGUGUACAAUGCCAACCUGAGCAUACUCUGGCAGAGUCUCUUGGGUCAUUUCUCCCUCCCUCAACAGGAGCUUCCCAAGCUUCUUUGGCACAGAAUCAACUGGGUACAGGUUGCACAGAUGCCUUAGCCUUCCCCAUUGACUGAAUCAAGGUCCCCUGAGGAGGAACCAGGGAACAUAGAGUUCUAACAGGUGUCUUAGUUGACAUGCUUCUUUAUCACACAACCAGAGAGAAGUCAGAAGAGUGUUUGGUUUUAGAGCCCAUGACCAUGAGCAACUGAGAAAGGGAUACACACCUGCGCCCACUGGCAAGUCUACAACAUUCAUUUACCAGUCUCAUUGGAAAACAUUAAACUGUAGGUGGAGGAAAAUUCUCACACCAUUCUAACAACAGAGCAAUCAGAUUAGGCCCAAGGACCCUGUGCCAAAGAAGUUCAGGCUUCUCCAGUCAUUGACCAAAUCAGCUGUCCAUUGCUUCCAUGUUGAUAGGGAGAACACUCAGGCCUGAGCAUAGCUCUUAACUUGACCUAAUGGCCCCUGAGCCUGGAUAUCGAAGAAAGUGAGGAAAGUCUUCCUAAAUAUUCAUUGUAUUUUCAAAACAAUAAACAUCUGCAUUUUCGA